CGAGGUUUCGUCACAUUCCCAAAUUUGUCGUCUCUCUCUCUCGCAAAGAAAGGGUCAUUUAUAGGCAACUCACCAAGAAAACAGAGCGAAGUGUCAAAUAACACGAAGCCAAGAAGAAGACGAAGAGAGGAACACGAACAAGAACCUGAGGAAAAAAAAGAUCCGUUUUUUCUGAACCUUUGACAGAUUUUAUUGGACGUUGACGUUCUGAUUGUUUCCCGGCGACGGAAGACGGCGGAGGUGGAGAUUGUGUGAGAAAUGCAGCGGCGGAGGAGGGGUGUGGUGGCGAUAGCACGGAGGGUGCUAAUAUGCGCCAUAUGCGCAAUGGCGCUCCUCGGUCUUCUGUCCGUACACCUCCACGUUUCUUAUUUCAACGGACUUCCCAAGCUGCACCGUUUCGCUAGACAAGAAGAAGAAAUCAAAUACGACAAAUCGAUCAAGGGACAGAGGUUGGCGAGGAAUUUGUCUCCUCCUCAAUCGAGGGAAACUCCUGCCAUCCCCAAAGCCAAGUUUCAGCAGAAUGGGAUUCAUUACCAUAGCUUAAGUACGGAACAUAGGUGGACACAUGAGCUUGUUCCUCCGCAUUUUUCAAAGAGUUACGUUUCUCCCGCAAAGUUGAAUGUUACAAGCCGGAUGCCCGAUUUCGAGAAGCUUUGGAAGUCUCCAACAAACCGCGGCUUCGUGCCUUGUAUUGAUCCCAGCCCUAACUACACAUCUUCAAAGGGAUCGAGAGGCUACCUUCUAGUUCACACUAAUGGCGGGCUUAACCAGAUGCGUGCAGGAAUAUGCGACAUGGUAGCUAUAGCCCGGAUUAUAAACGCUACACUUGUAGUACCUGAGCUCGAUAAGAGAUCAUUUUGGCAGGACACCAGCAACUUCUCUGAUAUAUUUGACGAGGAUCACUUUAUCGUUGCUUUGUCUAAUGACAUAAAAGUCGUUAAAAAGCUUCCUAAAGGCAUUGGAGGAGUUACAAAAGUCGUGAAGCAUUUCAAAAGCUAUUCUGGAUUGAAUUACUACCAAGAAGAGAUUGCUCGCAUGUGGGAUGAAUAUGAGGUAAUCAGAGCCGCCAAAUCAGAUUCUCGCCUUGCAAAUAACAAUCUCCCUCCAGAUAUUCAGAAGCUGCGGUGCCGUGCCUGCUAUGAAGCCCUACGCUUUUCUCCUAAAAUCGAAGCAAUGGGAAAAUUGUUGGUUAAUCGGAUGAGGUCUUACGGACCUUACAUUGCAUUGCAUUUGCGAUACGAGAAGGACAUGUUGGCAUUCAGCGGUUGCAACCAUGGUUUAUCUCCUUCUGAAGCUGCUGAGUUGAGGAAAAUAAGGGAGAAUACGGCGUAUUGGAAAGUGAAGGAUAUUGAUGGAAGAGUGCAGAGACUGAAAGGGCACUGCCCUCUGACUCCAAAGGAAGUCGGGAUCUUUCUAGCGGCUCUUGGAUACCCAUCAAGCACUCCUAUUUACGUUGCUGCUGGAGAGAUUUACGGCGGCGAAUCACGUAUUUCCGAUCUACGCUAUCGGUUCCCCAUGUUAAUGAGUAAGGAGAAGUUGGCAAGCAGAGAGGAGAUGGAGCCAUUCAUGAAGCAUGCAUCUCAGAUGGCAGCCCUUGACUACAUUGUCUCGGUUGAGAGCGACGUCUUUAUUCCCUCGUACAGUGGAAACAUGGCAAGGGCUGUUGAAGGGCACCGCCGUUAUCUUGGCCACCGUAAAACUAUUUCUCCCGACAGGAAGGGGAUUGUACGAUUGAUAGACAAAAUGGAACAUGGGGCUCUGAAAGAGGGCACAAAGGUGUAUGACAGAAUCAUUGAGAUCCACAAAACCCGACAAGGAUCGCCGAGGAGGAGAAAAGGACCGAUAUCGGGGACGAAGGGGAUGGACAGAUUCCGAUCGGAGGAACCCUUCUACGAGAACCCCUUGCCUGACUGUCUUUGCCACCUCAAUACCUCUUCUUCUGCUUCUGCCGCCGCCUGGUAAUGUACAUUCAUCUAUACAAGCACAGAUAAAGAUGGUACAGGUAGCCGCUCGUUAUUCUUUUGAUACGUUUAUUCGUUCAAACCCCGUCGAAGGAUAUUAGUUCCGAUGAUACUUAGUGACGAGUGUACACAUGGAGAGGGAUUUGGUCAUCUGAUACAUAGAGGAUUGGACAGAUUCUGACAAAAUUUGGAAGACUGUGUAUGCCCUUUGUAGUGAAAACUCUUCUCGAUACUCUGUGUUUUCUAGAGAGAAGUGAGAAUUAUCUUGUACAGGAUUUUUCAUCACAUAUAGACACAGACAUUGCAGCCAAAGAGUGCGAAGAAUCAGAGAUGAUAAAGAGUAUGUGAAUAUGAUCCUCUGCAACUGAAGCAUUGAAGUUAUUGUAGACGGCCAAGAAAACCUCACGCUUUUAUGGCUGGGUUAGCUUGU